AUGGCUGUGGGAAAGAACAAACGCUUAACUAAGGGUAAAAAGGGUGGCAAGAAGAAAGUUGUGGACCCAUUUUCACGUAAGGACUGGUACGAUGUGAAAGCUCCUGCUAUCUUUUUGGACCGCAACUGUGGCAAAACCUUGGUCAAUCGUACGGCUGGUACCAAAAUUGCGUCAGAGGGACUUCGUGGCCGUGUGUUUGAAGUUUGCCUUGCUGACCUUAACAAGGACGAGGACCAGGCUUUCCGUAAGAUCCGCCUCUGUGCUGAGGAGAUCCAGGGCAAUCAGAUUGUCACUGGCUUUCACGGCAUGGACUUUACCCGUGAUAAGCUGUGCUCCCUUAUUCGCAAGUGGCAGACGCUUAUCGAGGCGUUUGUAGAUGUUAAGACCACUGAUGGCUACCUAGUGCGUCUAUUCUGCAUUGCGUUUACCAAAAAACGUCCGAACCAGAUCAAGAAGACUACGUACGCCAAGACGGCUCAGAUUCGUGCUAUUCGUAAGAAGAUGACAUCGAUCAUGACGGAGGAAGCUUCCAAGUGUGAUAUUAAGGACCUGUUCCUGAAGUUUGUGCCAGAAAUCAUUGGCAAGGAGAUUGAGAAGGCUACUCAGGGCAUUUACCCGCUCCAGAAUGUGUACAUUCGCAAGUGCAAGAUCCUCAAGAAGCCUAAGUUUGAUCUGGUACGUUUGAUGGAACUCCACGAAGGUGGUGCCGAGGAAAAGGGUGCUAAGGUUGCUCGUGAGGAGGACCAACUGGUCGAGUCGAUGGCUGGUGCUGGUGGUCGUCUAUAA